AUGGAUCAAACUCGAGUUUUCCGGUUUCUAGGCCAAGUAGAAACCUGUAGAGUUGUUCUUCUUAUGGUCCUGGUCUUCACCGUUGUUUUAGGCCUUCAGUAUUUCGAGCUCACUCCAUUUUCUAUUGUUUCACCUAAUAACGGCACCGUUACUAAGGCCAGAGAACCCAACGAUGUCAACAAAAGUGCUGAAAACGAAACGUUUCUUGCAUCUCCAGAGGCAUCCUCUGGGUUUAGACCGCGUAAUGACACUGCGGAGGAUUUGAAGAGUUUUGAGCACAAGUUUGUGAAUGACUCUCCCAAAGCUUCUGGACAAAGCAGAGGCAAUGCAACCGCAAGUUCUCUGCCUUCUCUUCCACCCAAGAUUCCUCAAAGCAACAAGAAACAUCAUGAGAGGAGCACAAAAAAGCCACCUUUAGUUGUCAUAUCAAUAACCCAGAUGAACAACAUGAUAUUGAAGCGGCAUAGUGAUCCACAUAAUUCACUUGCACCUCGUUGGGGAUCAAAAGUGGACAAAGAGCUUGAAACUGCAAGAAACCAGAUCAAGAACGCAGCUUUUGUCAAGAAGGAUGAUACCCUUUACGCGCCUCUCUACCACAACCUAUCCAUCUUCAAAAGGAGCUACGAGCUAAUGGAACAGAAUCUGAAAGUGUACGUUUACUCAGAAGGGGACAGACCAAUCUUUCAUCAGCCUGAGGCGAUAAUGGAAGGAGUUUACGCGUCAGAAGGAUGGUUUAUGAAACUAAUGGAGAGUAGCCAUAGAUUCUUGACAAAAGAUCCCACCAAAGCUCAUCUAUUCUACUUGGCUUUCAGUUCAAGGAUUCUCCAACAGAAACUCUAUGUUCGUGAGUCUCACCGUCGUAGAAAUCUUGUUAAAUAUCUCAGAGAUUACAUCGAUCUCAUCGUUUCCAACUACCCUUUCUGGAAUAGAACCCGUGGCUCCGAUCAUUUCUUCACCGCUUGCCAUGAUUGGGCUCCGGCUGAGACUAGAGGACCAUACAUGAACUGCAUAAGAUCACUCUGUAAUGCUGAUGUCGGAGUAGACUUCGUGGUCGGAAAAGACGUCUCUUUGCCGGAAACAAAAAUCUCUUCGGCGCAAAGCCCAAACGGAAAAAUUGGAGGUAACCGCCCUUCCAAGCGAACUAUCCUCGCUUUCUUCGCCGGUAACUUGCACGGUUAUGUCAGACCCAUCUUGCUUAACCAAUGGUCGUCGAGACCAGAACCGGAUAUGAAGAUCUUUAACCGGAUCGAUCACAAAUCGUACAUUCGGUUCAUGAAACGCAGCAGAUUCUGCGUUUGCGCUAAAGGGUACGAGGUGAAUAGUCCCAGGGUGGUGGAGGCGGUUCUGUACGGUUGCGUUCCGGUGAUUAUCUCUGAUAACUUUGUUCCGCCGUUUCUUGAGGUUUUGGAUUGGCAAUCUUUUGCAGUUUUUGUCCCAGAGAAGGAGAUUCCGAAUCUGAGGAAGAUUCUGAUCUCGAUUCCGGUUAGGAGAUACGUUGAGAUGCAGAGGAGGGUGUUAAAGGUUCAAAAACAUUUCAUGUGGCAUGAUGAUGAACCGGUUCGGUACGAUAUGUUCCAUAUGAUUCUCCAUUCGGUUUGGUAUAAUCGGGUCUUUCAAACGUUUUAA